AUGCACCAAGGCAAAGUAACGCUGCUGAAACUAGCAAUAGUUCAACACUUUUUCCUCUACAUUCCGUUAGCUGUUUUCGCUUCUAGCUUAAUUAGUAUGAACGACACCGAUAAUCUACUCACUGCGAGAUGUCGGUCAAACUGUACCUAUGAUAAGCAGUGCUACAGCAAGUGCAUGCGCAACUAUUUGGAAAACUCCGCGUACAAGAAGUACGGAGAUUGUCCACCGAAACCACCGACCAAACUCGACAGCUUGUGUCUCAACACCUGCGAUGGACUGGACUACAAGUGUCCGGGUGUGGAGAAGUGUUGCGAACACUCGUGUGGCCAUAGCUGCCAGAGCCCGCACGGGUUGGAGCGUGUCGCGGGCCUACCCUCUGUACCGACGCAUGUGCAGCUGAUGGAGAUGGGUCGGGUCUUUCGCACCGCCCAGAUCCAGUGGGACAUGAAGGUGGAGAACGAACAGAGCCCGACGUACUACAUCACCGAGUCCCGGUUUCACAUUGGCACCACGUAUGCGGAGCACAAGCUGGAGAAUGAUUGGCAGUUGCAUCUGCUGGAAACGUUCACGCAGUACAAUAUGGGCACGGUGAAACGCUACGUAGGGGAAAUAAAGCUAAAGCCGGGUCGGUGGUAUCAGGUGCGGGUCGCUGCUGUCAACGGGAUGGGCACUCGUGGCUACUCUGCACCGUCGCGCCAAUUUCAGCUGAGCAAAAGGCCAAAUCCACCACAACCACCGAAAAGUCUCACCGUUGGUUCGCUAGACCUGACCGAAAACCGAACAUACACCUGCCGUGUGUCUUGGAGUUUGCCGCGUUCCGAUCUUCCGGUGGAAAAAUACAAACUCAGCUGGAGUCUCUACCUUAACUUUACCAGUAAUCGUUCGAAGACGGACAACUCAUCAUUGUUCAAGGAGAUGGCUACUAUAUCGGCUCCUACCCGACACUAUGACAUCCAGGGACUAUUGCCGGACCGGUACUACUAUCUACAGAUUCAAGCCAUCAGUGUUUAUGGCAAGCGGCGGCUCAAAUCUGCUGCCAACCAUCUGCUGGUGAACACGUCUGCUACGGCGUCCAGCCAGGAAAGAAGUCCGGUUAACCUGGACAAUCUGCUUAUGGGUGAUGCCGGAUAUCGACGGCCGAAGGGCCAUCCAAGCUUCAAAGAAGGCUUACAUUCACCGGCAGCAUCCAGCGGCAGCCGGAUGAUCGCUAAUGGGAUGGCCACGGCAGGCACAAUCCGAUACCAGUUUGCGCUCCGAAGAUCAGGGCUCGCGGUGCGCCUGAGCUGGUCCGAGCGUGGAUAUGGCCGAUAUCGUGUGCACAUUUGUCGUGGGAAUCGUGAAUGUCUCACCAUUGCUCGUGGAACAACCGGCCCUGGCAGCCAUUGGCAAGACGUUGUUCUGCGACGCAAUGCUUAUGAGUUCGGAAAGCUGGAAUUCAACACCCGGUACACGGCUGGCGUACGAAUAGGAGGACAUCGACGCAGUACACCCGGUUACGACAUUGUCCGAUCGUUCACAACACCCAAAUGUGAAAAGUUUCGCGAUCAACAGCUUCUACCACCAGAGUGUAACGUUUGA